CUCUUUCUCUCUCUCAUGCCGGGGAUUUUGAUGGACUCGCAUAGAGGACGGAGUAAAAAAUCCAUUGUUUUCAGAUAACCCUUUUACACCAAAACAAGGGAGGGGCGGGACCAAAUACUCACAUCACACAUCAGACCUUCCCUCGCAGGUUUUUUUGUUUCUUCUAUAGAUGGUGGAAAGCAUUUCCCAUGUCUGUUUUUGACGUAAUUUGUCCCUUUUCAUUUUGCUUAGGUAUUUUGAUUCCAAUGCCUCUGUUUACACCUUGCACCGCUCUUUUUCACUUCAGUCCGGCUUUGGGGUGAGCGGAGAUGCAAACCUGCAUUGUCCCCCCCUUAUCACACUCAUACACACUCACACACAAACACAGUUGUUCGAUUCUUGGAGAUAGUUUUGUUCUUUUUUUUUCUUCUUUUUUUUGUAACCUCCCUGGAGCAUACGAUCUCGUGUCUCUUUGCUGGAUCUUUUUUUUUCAGGGACACGACAUGGGACGCAUUGCGAAAUGGGGGGAAACGCACAAAUUCAAUUUAUUCUCACUAUCAUCAAUGUUGGGACCGCUUGUUGUUCUUGUUUUUUUGCUGGCUCGAGUCACUCAUUUUUUCUCUUUCCUCCUAGGUACUUUGUGUCUAUGCGGCACCUUUUUCUCUUUUGUUCUUUCAGCCUUCUCCCUCGUUCCGGCGGAGGCUGCGGAGUUCAUACCGGCUAGGCUAUCAACGGUGUUUGUUCAUUCUUUUUUUGUUUUUCGUCUACUUUUUUUUAUUUACUCAUGGCCUGGAUCGUUCUCGUUUGGUUUGCCCACUUUCCUGCUUCGUCUCUCGCCGGGGUCUUCUUUUUGUCAAAAGAGAAGUGCGGGUGGCCGAAGGAAAGGAGGAGAGUGCCUAGCUCAUCAUGCGCGGCCGCUUUUAAGGACCGGAAUGUUUGGUUGCGAGGGGGUUUGGAUACCUAAUGCUCUAUCGAGAGGCAAAACUAAUUGACGUCUCUUCUCUGAUCUGCGUGCUCGUUGGCUGUGCUGUGAAUUAGGCAUGUGCUUUCAUGGUGCUACGUAAUCUUGCUUCCCCCUAGCUAGGCCUACAAUUAGCUAAUAUUAUUUACUAGAUUACGCGUUCACGGCAACGGUGUUCGAUAACAGCGUGACCUUCAAUAAUGACACUGGA